UAGGCACACCUCCAGAUGCCCCCAUGCGUCAGAGACAGACAAGGCUCUGGCUCCUUCGCCUGCACGCCUGUCCGUGCGUCUGUCUGCUGGCUCCUCGUUUCGUUGAAGGAUGAGACCACAGCAGCAGCAGCAGAGAGAGCUUAUACUGAGGUAAAGAAUCAGAAAUUUGCAUUGACCUUCACAUGUGUGAGGCAGAAGUCCGGAGGGGCCACAAAGAUGGAUGAUAUAGAUGCUAUGUUCAGUCACCUGCUGGGUGAGAUGGACCAUCUCUCUCAGAGUCUGACGCCUGGAGCUGACCCACCGGACCUGGACCCUGCCUCGAUCCAAGAGAGCACGCUAACCAUCGGCUUCACAGACCUGAACGAGUCCCUCAAUCAGCUGGAGGACACUGACCUGGAUGCUCUGGUGGCCGACCUUCGAUCGAAAGCAACAGUUCAAGAUUUCUCGGCUUAUCAACAGAACAGUCUUCCAGAUAAGCAAAGUUCAGCAGCCGCCAUGACUCAGGCACCAAACAGUGACUUGUCUGAGCUGCAGACGAAGGAGCCCCAGACAAAGGCAGAAAAAAUCAAACUAGCUUUGGAGAAGCUGAAAGAAGCUAAAGUUCGAAAGCUGAUUGUGAAGGUGCUGAUGGGCGACGGCAGCUCCAAGACCCUUAUGGUGGAUGAGAGACAGGCGGUGCGAGAGGUCCUGAGCGAGCUGUUUGAGAAGACGCACUGCGACCGCAGCAUCGACUGGAGCCUGUGUGAAACCAACCCCGAGCUUCAGAUCGAAAGAUGUUUUGAAGACCACGAAGGUUUAGUGGAGCCACUGUCUGUGUGGACCCGCUACAGUCAGAACAAGCUCUACUUCGUGCAACGACCUCAGAAGUAUGUGAUGUUCACUGACCCACAGUUAUUUUACAUGUGGAAGAAAAAGAAGACAGGUGUGAAAACAAUUAAUGAAGAAGCUAAACAACUUUUAAUCAAGGAGAAUUUUGGAGGGUCUGCUCUGAUUGUGCCUGAUCUCGAGGGCACGUUGCACCUGAAGGAAGAUGGGAAGAGGGUUUGGAAACCUCGCUACUUUGUGCUCAGGGCCUCAGGCAUCUAUUUUGUACCUAAAGGGAAAACAAAGUCCUCCAGUGAUUUGGUCUGCUUCGCCCGUUUUGAAAAAGUUAAUGUCUACACCACCCACGACUACAAACAGAAAUACAGAGCUCCCACCAACUUCUGCUUUGUGUUGAAGCAUCCCUGCAUCCAGAAAGAGUCGCACUACGUCAAAUUCCUGUGCUGCGAGGACGAGCACACGCUGUCGCUGUGGGUCAACUCCAUCAGAAUAGCCAAGUACGGGGCCGUGUUGUAUCGCAGCUACGAGGCAGCCGUGAAGCGAGCGUCCACGCUGCGCACCUGCACGUCCGCUGCGCACAAAGAAGCGGCCAGCGGCCGGAUGUGCCCAGUCCUCCACACGUCUCCACCCAAAAACCCAGAUGUUGGAAACUACCCAUACGAGCCACCGCCUGACUUUAUCCCGCCUCCUCCUCCUGGACACGCAGAAGUCACACCUCCACCUCCGUCUGUGUGACAGGGUCAGCUUUAUUAGACGCAGUAUAUUCUCAGACAUUCAGAACAAAGACAUGGAUUCGAUUUUUUUGGAUAGAUAAUAAAGUAAAAACUCUAGGCUAUACUUGGUUCGCCUAAGCUAUUUUGAGUGAAUGCUGAAUUUUUAUUGUGUAUAUAGGAUAAAUAGGCACUAUACACAUAAAAUCAAGCAGCCUAGCCUUCAAAACACACAGUUCUGUUCAUAGUUUCAGUGGACUGUUUAUUACAAAAAGUCUGUACAUAAAUUUCAAUGAACACAUCCUAUGUACAAACUGGGAUCUGAUGACAAAUAUUGAAUUCGGUUCCCAUGGACAUUUAAGUUACUGAUCUUUUUUUUUUUUUUUUAACUCCACACUGUAUAAGAAAAACACACAUUGAAGAAAAGGCGCCUCUGACCUGUGAUGCCCUGAAAUGCGAGACGUUCAGUGGUAAACUCUACAAAGUUCUCCGCGUCAGUGAUCGUCUCAUGAUUUCCAUAUGAAAAAGUAUAAAUAAAUGCUUCACAGACAAACUGCUGGAUAAUUCUCGGACACUGAGACGCGGGCAAUGCAAAGCUGGACAGAGAUUAGGUAGAAAAAGUAGCCUUUUCACAAAACAAAUUUGCCUCAUAAAUGAAAAAAAAUACAAUCGAGAAUGGGAUGUAGUGACAAAUCAUUCAUCGUAAUGUUUGGCUGCUUUCCUGCUGUUACCACUGGAUCCAUUUCAAAAUAAAAGCUGAUGUUCAAUGUCCAUCACUUCCCAAGUA